AUGUCCUCAGCGAACAGCUUUCAAGUCAUCGACCUUAUCGCUCUAACUGAUGACUUUGACCUCCACACAAACCACAGUUGCAGAUUUGCUUCAGAAUCCUCGCAGAAAUGGUUAUCCAAUCUCACGGACACCGAUAAUGGCACACCCGUGCUUUCUCCCCGUGAACGUAGCGGGAUAACGUCCAUGAAAAUGGGCUUACUAGCAGCUCUGUGUUUUCCGAGAUGCGAUGCACCGCAACUACGCCUCCUAACUGACUUUUUAACAUUGCUUUUCAUCUCCAACGCUCGGGUCUUCUCCUCAUCUGAUGAAGAAGAAACAUCGUGGACAAUAGCACCGGAAAACAACGUGACCGGCAUUGACAUACUCGCAUCCCAUACUCUCUUCAAGCACAUCGUCCCACAAAUCACACGCGCAUACCAAACCUCAUCCGGCAUCAUCUCACCAACAUGGCUCACGCGUUUCACACAUUCCACAGCUGCCUUCCGUGACGCGCAGUUAAAAGUUGUAGUAAAGCACAACAACCACACACCAUCCCUAGACGAAUACAUCCAUCUCCGUCGAGACAUCAGCGGAACACGUAUCCUACUCCUCCUCUCCGAACUUCACGAAAUUUCCAGUAUACCUGACGAGGAAAACGAAACCCCACACAUAGAAACCCUUACCCAAGCUACGAUCGACAUAUACGCCUGGUCACUUGACAUAUGCGCAUACCAAAUCGACCAAUCCCACGGGUGCAAAUAUAACCUCGUAGCAGUCCUCAUGCAGCACAAAUCUCUAUCCAUACAAGGCGCCGUUAACCUCGCUGGUACCAUGCUCAAAGACGCGGUUACAUCGUUCCGGACCGCCGAAUCUCACCUUUUGGUUUCUCUCAAGCCAGAAUCCUAUUCAAACUCAAGCUCAAACCCACUGGCGUGGAUCCUUGGUACGAUUUUUGACCCUACACCCUCACCCUCAUCUUCAAACCAACAUCAACAAGAUGAAAAGAGAAAAGAGGUGGAGAGGUACGUGAGAGGGUUAAGGAGCUUGAUUGCGGGUACGGUGAAUUGGGUAUACGAGACUGAGAUUUAUUUUGGGAAGAAGGGGGAGGAGGUGAGGACUUUUGGUUGGGUUUUUUUGAACAAGACUUCGUAG